UUACAUAAUAAUAAGAGAACAGAAGCUCUUGGAGAUAUUUGGAUAAACAAAGAAGUAAGUUUAUACUGUUGCUGUAGUGGUAUAAAUAGUCAAAUAGCUGUAGAAGGAGCAGAGAGGGGUAUACAACUUAAAAAAAAGUUGAAUAUUAUUCUUUUAAUGCCAGAGGUAUAUGAAGACUUCUAUAAGAUGUCACAGAAUAUUGUUGAAAAUUUUGUUAAAGAAAUUAAAGUAGAAAUAAUGAAUAGGGAUAAAAAAAAUAAGCGUAAUAAUAUAAUAGACUUUGCAGGUAAUUUAAAAAUUGAACAGCUAUCAGAUUUAACAUGCAUUAUGAAAUAUCUUAUACACACUGCACAGAAAAAUGAAGCAUCGGCAGAAGAAGCAUACAAUGCAAUUAAACAAAUUAAAUUGCAAGGGGGAUAA